AUGCCUUCACCACAGUCACCAGAACCCUCUCUACCUCUUGUGUCAGAUGGCUCUGUUGCAACACCACCUUUGCGCGAGAAUAUAUACACCAUACCAAAUUUGUUGACAGUUUCUCGGAUACUUUCGUGCCCCGUCCUCGGUUGGUCCAUACUGCAUGACGAUUUCUUUCUCGCGACCGGAUUAUUGGUUUAUGCUGGGUUGUCAGACGUAGCCGAUGGCUACCUGGCAAGACGCUUCAGCAUGCAUUCAGUUCUCGGGACCAUUCUUGACCCUGCUGCGGACAAAACUCUCAUGACCACCCUCACGGUGACAUUAGCUAUGAAGGGAUUACUUCCUAUCUCGCUGGCCUCAAUAAUUAUCGGGCGCGAUGUGUUGUUGAGUCUUUCCGCCUUUUACAUCCGAUAUACCUCACUCCCCGCACCAAAAACUUUCGCUCGAUAUUGGGAUUUUUCUAUACCAUCUGCUGAAUACAAUACAUUUGCUCAACUUGCGUUAAUGUGUGCUACAACCGUCACUCCCAUCCUGCCCACACAAUAUAACCUGUUUGUACCCGAAAUGCAAAUUUUGGUGGCCGUGACAACGGUUUGGAGUGGGUUGUCCUACGUGUUUUCCAAGGAUGCAGUGCGAAUUAUAUCGGAGACACGCAAACAGCCUCCGCCUUCAUAA